CGGCGGCGGGGCGGCCGGCGGUGGGGCGACCCGGGGCGGCUACCUGGCAGCGCGGCUUCGUUGUCCUCCUCCGGCGGCGACGAAGGGAGCCAUGAGGUAAUCUCGAGGCCGUUGACACCCAUACACAAGACUACACCAUACUGCUACGACUACUAUACAGCAGAAAAAAAUAGAGGAGGAAAGAAAGAACAGAGUAACAGGAAGAUCAAUUCGAAUUUUAUGGCUUCUCAAGCAGAUAAUAUGAUGGACAAGGUCACACAAGCUGUUGAGAACCUGAAGGAGGAAUGGAGUCAAACUGUUGUGCAGCUUGAAGGGUGCAUUGCUGCAAUUGAAUCAUGUGGGAAGAUGGGAAAGGGGACAGAGGAAGCAAGUUCCCUUCCUAGGUUGAACGGUUCUGCGCAGGAUGCGCUGCAAUUGCUCAACUCACUACAGUGCAGGCUUGAUCCUCUGGCAGAGCAAUUACCCACUUUUGAAGAAGUGCAGUCUGGCCAAGCAACCUUGCAGUCAUGGAAGGAACAGUAUCAGAAGCUACGCACAAGGCUGAGGAAUGCAAACCUACAAGCUAAUACAAACAUUAAAAAAGCUGCUCAAGAAGAAAGGGAGCUUCUUUUAGGGGGUGGAGAAGAAUCUACCGUCCGAAGGCGUAAUCUACAGACAAAGGCUGGGAUGACGUCUGCUGCAGAAAGUAUAACUGAGAGCCUCCGCCGAUCUCGCCAAUUGAUGGUUCAGGAAGUGGAAAGAAGUGCAAAUACCUUGGCAACAUUUGAUGAAUCAACCAGUGUCCUCCGGAAGGCUGAAGGUGAAUAUCAAGGACACCGCUCUUUGCUGAUGCGUACCCGUGGUUUGCUAUCUACAAUGCAACGGCAAGAUGUUCUUGAUAGGAUCAUCCUUACCAUUGGGUUUAUCAUUUUCUCCUUGGCGGUUCUAUAUGUUGUCUCACGACGUAUUGGCCUUUUGACAUUGCAAAGGAAGCUGGCUGAUGCCAUCAGAUCAGGCUCAAUAUCAGCUGAAGACGUUAUCGCAAAAUUCCAGCAUGGGCCUGCCCCUGCUGUUGCACCUCCUGCUCCUGCUCCUCCCAUUUAUGAUGAACUAUGAUUUGCUUAUGUGCAUUGUUUAUACAUUGUGAUCCAGAAGCAACCAUCAGCAUCAGUUAUGUAUAGAACCUUUUAAGACUUCUAUGUUCUGAGUACAUAAGGUAGUAACCUUUUUACUCGAGAAGUGCAGGAGCUGUGUGUUUCAAGUAAUACUGCACAUAGAGGCUAUGAUCUUGAACGGAUAUUAUUGUCAGCCUUGUUCGGUU